CAGCUGCUCAGAGCUCGUGAGAGCAGCUCGUGCGGCGGACCUGAUCCGAGUUAGCUCUCGAGGAGGCUAGCGGCUACACGCUGGAGGACAUCGUCCCCGGAGUGUCCCUCUCUGUCCCCGUUCCCUCGACAUCCCCUCCCGCGGCCUCGCCGUCUGCGCACCGGGGGCGGCGGGGGGUCCGGCGCGGGGCGAGAGAGCGACCAGCAUGGACCCCCGAGCCAAGGAGCGCAGCAGCCCCGCGGCGACCGGGGGCUCGGGCGCGGGGCGGCUCGCCUCCCUCGGAGCCGACGGCGGAGAGUCGGAGUCCGGAGCCGGCUCGGAGGAGGCUGCCGUCGGCUGCUGCAGCGACACGUUCAGCAGCCUGCCCGACAUGGAGCAGGAGAGCCUGGAGGAGAAGCUGAGGGGGCUGGCGUUCCGAAAACAGACGUCGUAUCGGAAGGCCAUCUCUCGUUCCGGGCUGCAGCACCUGGGUCCGCCACAGCCCGCCCUGCCCCCCGCCUCCAACGGGCCCAACAAGGAGCUGAGGACCUACAUGGAUUGGACGGAGAACGCCAUGAACGGAGAUCACCUGUGGAUGGAGACCAGCUGCUCGGGAGAGCUGUGCUACCUGGGAGAGGACGCCUGCCUUCUGAAGGCCGCGAAGUCGGCCCCCAGGAAGAAGUGCGCCGCCUGCAAGAUCGUGGUUCACACGGGCUGCAUGGAACACCUGGAGAAGAUCAACUUCAGAUGCAAGCCGACGUUCAGAGAGGGGGGGUCACGCUGCCUCCGAGAGCAGAACGUGCUGAGACACCACUGGGUGCACAGGAGGCGCCAGGAGGGCAAGUGCAAACAGUGCGGAAAGAGCUUCCAACAGAAGUUUUUCCACAGUAAAGAAAUCAUCGCCAUCAGCUGUUCCUGGUGUAAACAGGCUUUCCACAACAAGGUGACGUGUUUCAUGCUGCACCAGAUCGAGGAGCCGUGUUCACUGGGGGCGCACGCCGGCGUCAUCGUACCGCCGUCGUGGAUCAUCAAAGUCCGGAAACCACAGAACUCCCUGAAGAACUCGGCCAGGAGGAAAAAGCGGACAUCGUUCAAGCGCAGGACCAGCAAGAAGGGACUGGACGAGUCCAAAUGGCGGCCCUUCAUGCUGAAGCCCCUCCCCUCCCCCCUCAUGAAGCCCAUCCUGGUCUUUGUCAACCCCAAGAGUGGAGGCAACCAGGGCGCCAAGGUGCUCCAGAUGUUCAUGUGGAUCUUGAACCCGCGGCAAGUCUUUGACCUGUCUCAGGGUGGCCUUCGAGAGGCGUUGGAGUUGUAUCGGAAAGUGCCAAAUUUGAGGAUCCUGGCCUGCGGAGGAGACGGCACGGUGGGAUGGAUCCUGUCCACGCUAGACGAGCUGCAGAUGACCCCCCAGCCACCGGUGGCCGUUCUUCCUCUGGGAACAGGAAAUGACCUCGCCAGGACGCUCAACUGGGGUGGGGGCUACACGGACGAGCCGGUGUCCAAGGUCCUGUGUCACGUGGAGGACGGCUCGGUGGUGCAGCUGGACAGGUGGAACCUCCAAGUGGAGAAGAGCGCCGCCCAGCCUGAGGACGGCACCCAGAAGCUGCCUCUCAACGUGUUCAACAACUACUUCAGCCUCGGCUUCGACGCUCACGUCACCCUGGAGUUCCACGAGUCCAGAGAGGCCAACCCUGAAAAGUUUAAUAGUCGCUUCCGCAACAAGAUGUUCUAUGCAGGAGCCGCCUUCUCAGAUUUCCUCCAGAGGAGCUCCAGGGACUUGUCCAAGCACGUCCGAGUGGUGUGUGACGGCACCGAUCUGACUCCGAAGAUCCAGGAGCUGAAAUUCCAGUGCAUUGUGUUUCUGAACAUUCCCAGGUACUGUGCGGGCACCAUGCCCUGGGGGAACACGGGCGACCACCGGGACUUUGAGCCACAGCGCCACGACGACGGCUGCAUCGAGGUCAUCGGCUUCACCAUGGCCUCGCUGGCGGCGCUGCAGGUGGGAGGGCACGGCGAGAGGCUGCACCAGUGCCGAGAGGUGAUCCUCACCACCUUCAAGACCGUGCCUGUUCAGGUGGACGGCGAGCCGUGUCGUCUGGCUCCGUCCACUCUCCGCAUCUCGCUCCGCAACCAGGCCAACAUGGUCCAGAAGAGCAAGAGACGCACCUCUGUGCCGCUGCUCAACGAUAUUCAGAAGGUGUGUGCAGCUGAUCUGCGCCGCCUCUCUGCUCCCCCCGACUCCUUCUCUGUUCCCCACGCCGUUCCGGAUCGCCUGCGCCUGCGAGUGAACAGGAUCGGCCUGCAGGAGUACGACAGGCUGCAGUACGACAAAGAGCGGCUGCGGGACAUCUCCGCCCCAGUGGGGAUCGUGGUGGUGAGGGGGGACUGCGACCUGGAGACGUGUCGGCUCUACAUCGACAGGCUGCAGGAGGAUUUGCAUCAGGCGCCCUCGGCAGGCCACAGAGUGCACUACCAGGACGAGAGCAGAAGCGUCCCCAGGAGCACCUCGGCUGGCAGACUGUCUUCAAACUGGAGCUUCUUGGAUUCAGCAACGUCGGCCGACCGCUUCUAUCGCAUUGACAAGGCUCAGGAGCACCUGCACUUUGUCACGGAGAUUUGCCAGGACGAGGUGUUUAUCCUGGACCACGAGGGGCCUGCGGUGGGCCAGGUGCCGUCCACGGGAAUGCCCGACCUGGUGGAGCCAAACACGGGCGCUCCUUUGACGCCUGAGGAACAAGCGCUCUUGGCGGCCGCCAGCUCGGGCGAUCUGUCUAUGUUGUCAGAGUGUGUGCAUCGCGGCGUCAGCCUGCUGGUGCGAGACUCUGGAGGUUGCUCGGCGUUGCAUAAAGCCUCUCAGAACGGACACGCGCAGCUGGUCGUGUUCAUCCUGCAGCAGGGAUCCAAAGUGCUUCUUGACUUACCAGAUAGAGAAAAAGGGGACACGGCCUUGCACAAAGCCGCCUUGGAGAAGCAGCAUGCCGUGUGUCGACUGCUGGUGGAGGCGGGAGCAUCGCUGGAGAAGACCAACUUUCAGGGGAAGACGCCAGUGGACCAAGCAGAUGGAGACUCGGAGCUGAUCUCCUACCUGAGCAGCCAAAAUACAUCGUCUACCCCCCAUGAGGACUUGGAAACAGCAGUCUGAUACACACACACACACACACACACACACAUUUCCACAGUGGCACUGUGCAUCAAAAAGUGAACGGACAUGUCUCCGUGGACGAUGUUUCAUUUCUUCAGCUAUUUAUUUCUAUUUAUUGAUUCCUAAUUGUAUUUAUUAGCGGUUCUGCUGUGCCGAGCGGCUGAUUGUCGGAGGAAAAGUGCACUUUGAGCAGCCGGGGCGAAGGAAGGCGGGCCGACUCUGCGUUUUGUGACUCUGAAGUAUGGAAACUGAUGGAUGUGUUCACGCUUUAUGUUCAGCCCCAUCAGAUCUUUUCGUGCCAAAGACGUUCUUGCCGAUCUGUUGCUCUUCAGGAUAACAGACGCUCGUAUCGUUACCUGAUGCUGUCUCUCACCUUGCACUCGUUUUAAAAGCCCCAACAGAAAUGAUGAAGGGAGGAAAAAAUUCUAAUUACAGUCGUCCCUCACUCGAUCGUCUUUUUUUAAGAAAUAGUUGCCUUUUAUUAUUUUUUAAAUGUCAUUUUUAAGCUAAUUAUACGUAUUCAUUUUCAAGUAUAAAAUGGCUAAAUCAAUCGACAACCGCUCCAGGCGUGCUGGAGCCUAUCCCACUCUGGACUGGUGGCCAACCAAUCACAGGGCACAUAUAGACAAACAACCAUUCACACUCACAUUCAUACCUAUGGACAAUUUGGAGGGUGGAAUCCAACUCAGGUAUCAACCGACUAAAUGAGCUACAAUACAAAAAGAAAGGAGAAGCAGCAUUCUACUGCUGUAUUCUACAUUGGCCACUAGGUGGCAUUGUUGGGCGAGACAGGCACCAGAAUCCAGCCAUGUACGAUACCACUGAUUUCGCCUAUUUCAGGCUGGUAUCGUCGAAACCGAAACUGAUACUUCGUGCAUAUCACCCAAUGUGUCUUUUUAAAAGCAGUAUAUUUCAUAUCAUAGCAUGAAUAAUACAAUACACUUAAUUAAGUUACUAAUUGGAAAUAUUACUUUAAAUACAUUAGUUUUAGUUAACUCAAUUACAUUAAUUAUUUCUACAUAAAUAAUGUAAUAUUUGAAAACCAUAUUAAAUAUGUGGAAAUUUUGUUGUGAACUUUAAUUUAAUAUGAUUUAAAAAAGAAAAACAAAAUAAUAAAACUUUAUUCACAAUUCACACAUGGCUCCUUUUAAUGUAUUUCCGUAUCGAUCCGCACAUCACGACGACUCGUCACUUGGGUUCCCAGGGGAACACAUUUACUGUGACACUGCUCGAGCAGGAGUUUUAUUUACGUCUUAUAUGGCUUGUCUACUGUUUUGGGUAUUACGGUAAGACAUGUAAAGCCGCCAUAAACAUAAUUUGAUGUUUUAGAAAACAUCGAUGUAAUAAAUGGAUGUAAUAUAAUGCCGGAAGUACGCCGGAAGUGCUCACAUGUGAGUCUUAUUUAUAUCUAGUAUGUCUUUUCUCUGAUUAUAUCUACUAUAUUGGGUAAUACAAUUGUAAAGAAUUCGAUGUACUGCAAUACAAUGAUGUAAUGGCGGAAGUAGGCUGUCCACAAAACAAGGAAAUGCUAACGUGUGAGUCUUUGCUAUCUUAUUUUCUUAUAUCUUCCAUAUUGGUUAAUACAAAUGUAAGGGUGACUACAUGUGUGUUAUGUUAAAAAAAACGUAUCUAUACGAUCGUCAAUAGGCUUUUUAUGCCAUAACUAUUAAAAUAUAUUUAUUAAUACUAGGUUCAUACUGAAGCCUUUCUAAUUCACUUACCGCGGUGUGAGGGACGAUUGUGGUUCGAAAGCUAACAGGCGUGUAGUCGGCCUUUGUCGCCCCCUGGCGGCUGCUUGCAUAAACCCCGCCUCUUCCACCUGCAGUGACGUCACACUAUAAAGAUAUGGUCAUGCAGUAUUUCCGUAAAUAGCGGGUGUAUUUUGAGGUCAGUCUACUGAAAAAAAAGAGAAAACAACUGUUUUCAAGUUUUUUUUUGUAUAAAGUUAUGUGAAUAUGAACUUUGGUAUAACAAAACACAAUUACGCUGUUUCUACUUGAUCAAUCGACGACAUUUUGAUCAUCAGAUGAAACAAACGGGACCAGUUUUGAAUAUUUUUAGUGGGGGGGGUGGGGUCCCAAUCAAACAUCACAGAUAUGACCCAGAGAGGUUUAAUACGAAUCCAUCAUAUCGGCCAUUCCGUGUCCAAUGUUGCUGGUGGAUGCUAACUCUUUAGCUGCCAUCCAACAAAUCCUGGAAUGUUUUACUGUGUGUGUGUGUGUGUGUGUGUGUGUGUGUGCGAGAGAACACUCUGAGCCAUAUUCGAUGCAAUAUGAACAGACGAGGUGGUUUACAUUACAUUAAUGUUUUUAAGCUAGUCGAAGCGCUAGCCAGAGAUGCUUCAGCGCAGGCCGGGUUCGAGAUUGUCUUCUUCUAUUUUGUGGUCCCUUGCCACAGACUAAAAAUAUGUCUUCGUCAUCGUAGAGGUCCGCUUUCACAUUUCACAAUUUAACCCCAAGCCAGCUAAGGCCACUAAUAAACAUUAAAAACAAACAAAAACAGUUUAAAGUAUAAAGUACGCGUCAAUAUUGGCUUCAACUUUGGUGAAUUUCUGAUCAUUUCCUGACUUUUCUUAAAUGACUUGCCUUGUUGUACAGUUUCCUGUUUGAACUUUGCAGUGUACUUUGCCACAAACAUGACAAACAUUUUUUCUUGGAUUUGUAUUGCUGUAAUAAUGUGGGGGCGGCGGUUCCAAAAAGUGGGUGUGGUUGUGGGCGGGGCCUGUUCUGAUCAACACCUUUUUUCAUCAGUUUGAGGAGAAGCAAGACUCCCCAUCUCCACUUUUGUCUCAGUAGCUCUGCAUGACGUUUUCACGGAUUACUUUGCAGUAUUUGCAUACAAAUGCGUUAUUAAUAUUGUUUAACGAUUAAAUUAUUGUUUGGAAUGUUUUAUGCCUGGUUUUCCUGCUGUUCUUUUGGUAUCUUUCAAGUGUUUUGUUAUUAUUUUUUGUAAAU